ACUCGUAAGCAUCCUCUGCCCCCUGAUCUUCUAGGCAGAUAGAGCCGGUCAACAUCACUGCGAGGGUGCAGUGAAUGAUGAAUGGUCAUGAGUUUUCUUGUUUUUCUGUCCAAAUUGUCCAGUUCCGCCUGUGUCCAGUUUAUGAUGCCAGCAGUAUAUCUUAUGACAGGUAUGGCCCAGGUGUUAAUGGCCUUGAUGGUGUUGCCUCCAUUGAGCUUGCUUUUGAGAAUUUUUCUGACCCUUUGUGUGUAUUCUUUACUGACCACAGUCUUCACAUGUUCAUGCUUGAUGUUGUCCAGCUGUAAUAUGCCCAGAUAUUUAUAGGCCUCUGGCUGGUGACACCUUAUUGUUUGGCCAUUGGGCAUAUUGAUGCCCUCACUUUCAAUGAUUUUUCCCUUCUUCAAUGCCACUGUCGAACAUUUGUCCAAACCAAACUCCAUGUUGAUAUCAGUGCUAAAAAUUAUUAUUAUUAUUAUUAUUAUUAUUAUUAUUAUUAUUAUUAUUAUUAUUAUUAUUAUUAUUAACAACAUUAAGACUGGGUGGCCAUCUGUCGGGAGUGCUUUGCUUGUGCUUUUGAUGCACAAAGGCAAUAGGGGGUUGGACUAAAUGGCCAAAGGGGUCUCUUCCAACCCUCUUUAUUUUUUUAUGAUGAUGGUGAUGAUGAUUAUUAACAUUGAGGCUGUAUUUGUUCCCGUUUUGUUUGUUUACUUUAAAAUAAGAUAUGUGCAGUGUGCACAGGAAUUUGUUCAUAGAUUUUUUAAAAACUAUAGACCAGCCCUCCAGCGAGCUGAGGGACCGUGAACUGGCCCCGUUUAAAAAGUCUGGGGACCCCCUGAGCCACACAGUGCACAGCAAGGACUUUGUUCCUUCCCCUCUCUCCCUCUUUCGCUUUCAUGUGCUCCCCUCCCAAGGGGCGCGGGCGGGAGAUUUGAAUUUCCAAGUCUCUCUCUUUCUCUUUUGACUCCACGCGGCAAACAAAGCGAGGAGAGGCAACCCGCUCCUUCUUGCCUGAUGAAUCUUGGAGACAGACCAGAAAGGGAGAAUAUCUUCACAGAACAAAGACUGUCAUUUCAGCAAAUGAAAAUGUGGACUAUUUACAUUGAUUAGAAGAGCAGACAAAACAACGGUUUUAUACAGCACUAAAGGGAAAGACUGCAUUGCCAGUUUGGAAGGCCAAAGGCACAGAAUAAAGUGCAUGAUUAAAUGGUAUUUAAAGUUUGUUUUCUCUGAUCAUAUCAUGUGAAUAAAAUCUGCAGCAAGAAUAGGCUUAGUGUGGACAAUUAAGAGCCGUGUAUUCUCAAGAAAAAUGGCUGAAGCUCAUAUAAUAGAAACCCGAAUGAACCUAAAUGAAGAAGAGAAAGGAGCUGAGAUUGAAGAAGUCAAAAUGCCUUUGGGCAGAAGAUCCUGCCGAAAAGCACCUUUUAAAAAAGGGUCUUUCUGGAACAACCGUUGGUGCUACAAGAGUGAAAGAGGGGAGUAUGUCAUACCUGCAACAUGUUUUCAUUCAAUGAUUUUGACAAUGACAGUUAUUAUUAUUAUUAUUAUUCUGAUCCCUGCCAUUUUGUUAGCAGAGAGAAAAAACGAAGUAUGUCCAGAUCUUUUCCCUGCUGUCUUUGCUGAUCCUUGUCCAAAAGGUUGGCUGGGAUAUCAAAUGAAAUGCUACUACUUUUCAGUGAAUGAAGGAAACUGGACCUCUGGCAACAGCCACUGUUCCUCCCACAAUGCCUCCUUGGCUGUGGUCGGCUCCCAAGAAACACUCGAUUUCUUUUUACGUUACAAAAGCCCUCCUGAUCACUGGAUUGGCCUACAGAAAGAUUCAGGUCAACCUUGGAGAUGGAUCAAUGGCAGCAUUUUCACAGAAGGUUUUGUUGCUCCUCAGGUUCUUCACACUUCCAACUGAAAAUGGAAGGAGAUGUGCAUAUUUGAAUCAUAUAGCUGUUGCCAGCUCUAGCUGCACAAGAGAAGAACGCUGGGUCUGUAGCAAAGACAUGUUUAAAAGCAUUGCCUGAACUGCAGAAAUUGAGCCCUGAUUCCUCCUCUACACAUACACUGAAGCCCUUCAAAAUGUACUUGAGUGGAGUACCGAAUCGGAAGGGGUAAAAGAUACAAUGAUCAAGUGGGCACAAGAUCUGGGCCACCCAAUUCUCGGAGAUUGGGAAAAAACUGGAAGAUAAAAUUAAAAUAUUCGAGUUCUUUAAAAUUAAGGGAGAACUGGUAGCAAAUGUUCUUUCAAUGGUUCCUAACCCCACGGAGAUUAUCUAAAUACUAUAAAAAUCAAAAGAAGGAAUGUUGGAAGUGCAAUGCCCAAACAGUGACUUUUUUACAUGUAUGGUGGGAAUGUAAAGGGAUUAAGGGAUUUUGGAAAAGGAUCCACACCCACUCACAAUUUUUUUUAAAAAAAGAAAUUCACUUUUAAACCUGAAUAUUACAUUUUAAAUAUCAUGGACUUUCUGUUAGAAAGAAAUGAAGAUGUAUUAUUUUUCUACAUAACAGCAGCAACAUGAGUCCUCAUAGCUCUAAGAUGGCGCUCCAAAGAAAUUUUGUCAGAAGACUCCUGGAUCACCAAACUAAGGGACUACAUGGAUUUGGACUCUAUGACUUUUCUAUUACAAGAACAUACAAAAACAAAAAACAAAAUACAGACUGGUCACCGGUGGAAAAGUACUUCCGAGAAAAACGUCAUAUUAAUUUUGAGUUGACUACUUUAAUGAGACCAGUUGAAGCAAGAAAAUGGGCACGGGCUGUGGUGCAGGCUGGUGAGCAGCCAGCUGCAACAUAUCACUCUGACCAAGAGGUCAUGACUUCGAGGCCAGCUUGGAGCCUGCAUUUGCCUUUGUCUUUGUUCUAUGUUAAGGCAUUGAAUGUUUGCCUUAUAUGUGUAAUGUGAUCCGCCCUACGUCCCUUCGGGGUGAGAAGGGUGGAAUAUAAAUAUUGUAAAUAAAUAAAUAAAGAGCGGGAAGUAUGGAGACCGAUAUAAGAAAUACUGGAAAUAAUAUUAAUGAAACUUUAUCCCUGUGGAAUCGACAGGAGGUCACCGGCCACACUAAUUCUUUUUCUCUUCUCUUUCUCGCCCCAUGUAAGUAACUGUUGCAUUUGAAAGCUUUUGCUUUUGCUACUCUGCUGCAUUUUGGUGGAAUCUCCCCCAGAGAGGGUUAAAUUGAGUCUAACUGCUCAGAGAUUACCACAACAGUAUUGUCUAGUAGGCUUGAUCGAUCCACGAAAAAUUUGAUUCUAAACUCGUUUCAAAACUAGAGGGGGGCAGCUUUUCGUUUCUGAUGGUAUUUCCGAAUUUGGUCCCCCAAAAAAUUCGAAAUUAACGAAAAUUCGUUAUUUUCUAAAUUAAUUCGUUAAUGGCGGACGCGCAUGCGCAAUUCCCAAAAACAGCACAGAGGGAGAGGACUUUACAGGACUCUCCCACCCUCAUUUUUUGAGUGAUCUUCUUCCAACUUGGUACAGUGGUAGAACACAUUUAACACUGAUAGCUCACCAAAAUUUGGAACGUUUCCCUUAUCCUCUGAUUUUUGGCGAAUUUUCAUAGCUUUUAUAAUAAACCAUUUUUUAAUAA